GAGAAGAGUUAUAUAUAGGAAGAAGAUGACGGCAGUUUCGUAAUGAGCUAAUUACGGAUUCUUCGUCUCUUCCUGAAGUGUCUGGUAUUGUCUGGCCAAAGGAGGUUCCAGAGAGAUGGUUCUCGAAAAGUCAAUAGAAAGCUUAACUUGUGGUCCAAUAGUUCAAUUGUGAUAGGCUUCGGAAUGCGGGUUUCUAAAAAAAAUAAAAAAUAAAAAAUAAAAAGUGAAAUGUUGGUGAACAAUUGCAGUGUGGAAUUGCUGCCAAGUGUCAUAUGCUCUGGUGUGUUCCUAAGACACGCGUCCUCCACCGAUCAGGAUUGCUGAUCAGAAGUAAAACAGUAAAAAUGACUUCGCCUUUGUUGCACAACCGAAACCAAGUAAUGGCGCCAAAAAAGGCAACCAGAGAUGAAAGUCCUCCACCGUCCGAUCCUCACGGAAUCUUCGCCGGAAUGGUCGUCUUCUUAGUCGAAGACGGAGUUCAGAACCGUCGCUUACAGGUUUGGAAGCAAAAACUGGUUCAAAUGGGAGCUACUAUAGAAGACCAUCUAUCCAAAAGGGUCACACACAUAUUUGCUAUGAACCCAGAAGCCCUUUUGCAAAAAGUGGGCAGUGAUCAACGGGGUCUCUUUAAAGGAAGAGUUGUACUCUAUCAGUGGCUAGAGGACAGCUUGAGCUCAGGGAAGAGAGUACCAGAAGAUUUGUACCAUCUGAAAUUGGAGUCAGAUAAGUCUUCUAGUGAUUACAUUUCCAGUGAUGAAGAAACCCCAAAACUGAAAAGGCGAAGAUCCUCAUCUCCUGAUGAGUUGCCUCAUACUCCCAGCCCCAAAACCCCUAAAGCCCCAAAUAAGGAUCAGGUCACAGCAUUGCAGUCAUCCACGCCCUACAACCCACCUGAUUUAAACAAAGACAUAACCCAGAUAUUUGGGAAGCUUAUCAACAUAUAUAGAGCAUUGGGCGAUGACCGAAGAUCUUUUAGCUACUACAAGGCUAUAACAGUUAUUGAGAAGUUGCCUUUCAAGAUUCAAAGUGCAGAACAAGUUAAGGGCCUCCCGGGCAUUGGAAAGUCAAUGCAAGAUCAUAUUCAAGAGAUAGUGACUACCGGAAAGCUAUCCAAGUUGGAGCACUUUGAAACAGAUGAAAAGGUAAAAACAAUCAGCUUAUUCGAGGAAAUAUGGGGUGUAGGUCCAGCUACUGCACUAAAAUUAUUUGAGAAAGGACAUCACACAUUAGAUGAUUUGAAGAAUGAAGAUUCGUUGACACAUUCACAGAAGUUGGGGUUAAGAUAUUAUGAGGAUAUCAAACAGAGGAUCCCACGGCAUGAGGCUCAAGAGAUGGAACUUCUUCUACAAAAAGCGGCAGAGGAUGUUUUGCCUGGGGUGGUUGUUGUAUGUGGAGGGUCAUAUAGACGCGGGAAAUCUUCUUGUGGGGAUCUGGACAUUGUAAUUACUCAUCCAGAUGGGAACAGGCAUAAAGGUUUUUUACUGAAGUAUGUAAAGCAUCUAAAGGAUAUGAAGUUCCUAAGGGAGGAUUUGGUUUUCGUUACACACAGCGAGGAGGGUACUGAUUCUGGUGUCGACACAUAUUAUGGGCUUUGUACAUAUCCUGGACGAGAGCUGCGGCACCGCAUAGAUUUCAAGGUCUACCCGCGGGACAUAUAUGCAUUUGGACUAAUAGCUUGGACAGGGAAUGAUGUGCUGAAUAGGAGGUUGAGGUUACUAGCUGAAUCUAAAGGAUUCCGGCUUGACGAUACAGGGCUGUUUCCGGCCACUCAUGGAUCUGGCGGAAAACGGGGGGCAAAAGCUGGCGCAAGCUUGAAAUUUGACACAGAAAAGGAGGUCUUUGACUUUCUCGGGUUUCCUUGGCUUGAACCACACGAGAGAAAUCUGUGAGAGGCCUAAUGGUUUUAUGAGCAAGCUGUAAAUAUGUUAGCUAAGGAACUUGGUCUUGAUACUGAAAUGAUCUAACCUAGAGAGGGAGAUAAGAGAGUUGAUAAAGAAAGCUUGCAACUGGUGUAACAUAUGUCUUCCAAAAAUUUUUGUGGAAAUAAGAUGUACUGUUUUUGAGGCUCAUUUCACAGUUAAUAUGAUUUCACUGCUGAUAAUAAGACA